UUGUGGGUGCAGUGCGGAGUUGCGGAGCGGGUUGCCUAGCCCCAGGGACUUUGUUGACUCUGGCGGCGCUCAGGUGGGCUUCCCUUUUCGGGGGCUGAGCCUCUUUGGAUCCCGCAGCUGUGGGCACGGUGUAGGAUAGAAGACCCCUCCAGUCCCAGAAUCCGCCGCCUCAACCAUGUCUUCUUCGGAGGCUCCGGCGACCACCGAGCCCCAGGGACCCGGCGGCAGGGGCAAGUCCGGCAGCCCUCGACGGAUCCCGGUAGUUGGGGUGGUGACGGAGGACGAGGACGCUCAGGGUGCUUUAAAGCCUACGGACCUAAAUCGUAUCAUCAAACUGCUUGAAGAGACCGGCAAAGAUGAUUUAGAAGAAAAACAAGUUAAAUGUGUCAAGAAACUGGUGCAAUAUUAUCAGAAUGGAUUUCCCCUAAGGGAUAUAGCACAGAUAUUUACAAUUCUGAAUCUGUGUGCAGGAAAAAUUGAAAACCAGCCCUGUUUUAUGGAACCUGCAUAUGAUAUUAUAAAAUUAUGUCGCUUGCCAUUUUUGAAAAAGAAAGCAUCAGAUGAAAUAACAUAUGCUGAAGAUACUGCUAAUUCAAUUGCACUUCUGGGUGAUUUAAUGAAAAUACCAAGUUCUGAAUUGAGGAUACAAAUUUGUAAGUGUAUUGUUGACUUUUAUCAUGCAGAACCACCAAAGAAGCAUAUUACAGGUUACCAGCAAGCUAGCUCAAUGUAUAAGAUUCAAAUGGCUGAAGUCGGAGGACUGGCAAAAAUGAUGGUUCAGUCAUUGGCCUUGCUUGAAAAUCAGCUUGUUGAGAAACUUUGGGUACUUAAAGCUCUGCAACAUCUUUCAACUUCUGAAGUUAAUUGUUCUUUAAUGGUGAAAGCACAAGCAGCCAGUGGCAUCUGUGUUCACCUCAAUGACCCAGAUCCCUCCGGACAGCUCCUGUUUCGUUCGUCAGAAAUACUUUGGAACUUACUGGAAAAAUCAUCAAAAGAAGAGAUCGUACAACAGCUUAGUAACUUGAAGUGUUUGCUGGCUUUAAAGGAAGCAUUUAAACAUCUGUUUAUGAGAGGUUUUAGUCAUUAUGAUCGUCAGCUUAGAAACGAUAUAUUAGUGAUCACUACAAUUAUAGCUCAAAAUCCUGAAGCCCCAAUGAUUGAAUGUGGCUUUACCAGGGAUUUGAUACUAUUUGCAACCUUUAAUGAAGUUAAAAGUCAAAAUCCUUUGGUAAAAGGUCUUAAGCUUUCCAAUUCCUAUGAAGAUUUUGAGUUGAAAAAAUUACUAUUCAAUCUAAUUGUGAUCUUAUGUAAAGAUUUACCUACUCUACAGCUACUAAUUGAUGGCAAAGUGGUUUUGGCUUUGUUUACCUAUGUUAAAAAGCCCGAGAAACACAAAAUAACUGAGUGGUCUGCAGCACAGAGUGAAGAAUUACAACUGCAUGCAAUUGCCACUUUGUCAUCAGUGGCCCCAUUACUAAUAGAAGAGUAUAUGUUGUGCCAGGGAAAUGCUCGAAUCCUGGCGUUUCUGGAAUGGUGUGAGAGCGAAGAUUCCUUCUUCAGUCAUGGGAACAGUUUUCAUGGUACAGGCGGCCGUGGCAACAAGUUUGCCCACCUGCGGUACACUUUGAGACUCCUGAGAGCUAUGGUCUACCUCGAGGAAGAGACUGUAAACCAGGAUCUUUGUGAGCAGGGAGCGAUUCAGCAACUGAUAGGAAUCUUUAAAAAUACAAUAAGCAAGUUUAAUGACAAGGAAGAGGCCAUUAUUUUGGAAAUUCAAUCUGACAUAUUACUUAUCUUGUCUGGUCUUUGUGAAAAUAAUGUUCCUAGAAAGGAAAUUUUUGGAACUGAAGGAGUGGAUAUAAUUCUUCACGUAAUGAAAACAGACCCAAAGAAGUUUCAGAGUGGAUUAGGCUAUAGUGUGCUUCUCUUCAGUACAUUGGACAGCAUUUGGUGCUGCAUUUUGGCUUGUUAUGCCUCAGAGGAUUACUUUCUUGAAAAAGAAGGCAUUUUUCUUCUUUUGGACUUAUUGGCAUUGAACCAAAAAAAAUUUUGUAAUCUAAUACUUGGAAUAAUGGUUGAAUUUUGUGAUAAUCCCAAAACUGCGCCUCAUGUCAACACUUGGCGGGGGAAGAAGGACCAAACAGCUGCCAGCCUUUUAAUUAAAUUGUGGAGAAAGGAAGAAAAAGAACUGGGAGUAAAGCGUGAUAAACAUGGAAUGAUUAUUGAUACAAAGAGGCCUCUAUUUACUAGUUUUCAAGAGGAGCAGAAAGUCAUGCCACUGCCUGCCAACUGCCCGACUGUCGCCGUCAUGGACGUGGCCGAGAACAUCAGAGCAAAAAUCUACGCUGUGCUGGGCAAACUGGAUUUUGAAAAUUUACCUGGUCUGUCUACUGAAGAUUUUGUCACCCUUUGUAUCAUACAUAGAUAUCUUGAUUUUAAAAUUGGAGAAAUAUGGAAUGAAAUAUGUGAAGAAAUAAAGUUAGAAAGGUUAAUACCAGUCACUACAGAUAAAAAUGCUUUGGAAGCUAUCACAACAGCUUCAGAAAAUAUUGGAAAGAUGGUUGCUUCUCUGCAAAGGGAGAUGGUUGAAAGCCAAGCACGUCAAGAUGUACAAAAUGAACAAAAAGUAUAUGCAAAAAUACAAGCCACACACAAGCAAAGAGAACUGGCUAACAAAUCAUGGGAAAAUUUCUUGGCUAGAACAUCAAAUGCUAAAACUCUAAAGAAAGCAAAAAGACUUCAGGAAAAAGCCAUAGAAUCCUCUAGAUACAGUGAGCGACCACCAAAUGCAAUAUUGCACCAGACAGAUAUUAAAGGCCUUAACACAACGGUGCCCUCCGGUCGGGUGGUAGCUGUGGAAAGCACUCCUGCCCGAUUAGUGGGAGGACCUCUGGCCGACACAGACAUUGCUCUCAAAAAACUUCCCAUUCGAGGAGGAGCCUUACAAAGAGUGAAAGCAGUAAAAGUUGUGGGUGACCCAAAGAAGAGCAUUCCUGCAUAAAUAGUGCUGUCUAGGGAAGUUUUGAAAUAAAUUCUGCUUCUAAUUUUUUAGUUAACUAUAUCUUUAUGUAAAAUGUAAAGCAAAUAUUUUAGAAUAUUUUAGUAAAAUACUAUUGAAAAUAAAAGCAAGCAAAUACAAUUUAUUUUUAUUGAAAAUAUUAACACAGAGCAUCAGAAAGAUUGUCACCAGUUUUUUUGGAAAGAUGGCUGAUUGUCUCAACCGAAACUGUACAACAUAUUGUCUCAGUUAAGGCUCUUUUGGUUACAUCUGAACUAUUCCAACUGAUUUAAGCCAAAGAGAGAAAAUACAAAAAAAACUCUUAUAGUCUCUGUAGCUAUCAGAUCUACAAGGAAUUAAGACUACAGGUGUUGUUAGAUCUAGGGGCUGAAACUCUUAGUCUUCUCCUCCCCUGGAAGCUCCUGGAUUAUUCUCUCCCAGGUUGAUAUCCAGCGGAGAGGAGUGCACGCCUGUCCCUCAACUGUCCUGCAACUGCCCCUGCAUUUCGGGACCCCUGACCGGCUACAUGCCCGUUCCUUCCUGCGCCAUUCACCAUGACUCUGGCCAGAUCUGAGUACCACUCGCUCCCAGAGCCAGAAGCAGGCCAACCCACCCAAAGCAUGUGGAUGGAGUGGAGCAGGGGUUCAGGAUAUUGUUCUCAUGAGUACAUAUAAAUACUGGGCAGCAAAAACAUUAGCAACAAAUAUGUUAGUCAAAGUACAAUGUUAUUUUGUUUUAAAAAGCAAAUGUUAGCUAUGAGAUAAUAAAAUUA